CAAUUUGCUAGGGACGCGGCGGGGGCGGACGCGCGCGGCCCGGGAGAGCCAGAGAGAGAAAGAGAGAGCCAGAGAGAUGCCGCUGCUCCACCGAAAGCCGUUCGUGAGGCAGAAGCCGCCGGGGGACCUGCGGCCGGACGAGGAAGUUUUCUACUGUAAAGUCACCAACGAGAUCUUCCGCCACUACGAUGACUUUUUUGAACGAACCAUUCUCUGCAACAGCCUUGUGUGGAGCUGUGCUGUGACGGGUAGACCUGGACUGACUUACCAGGAAGCACUUGAGUCAGAAGAAAAAGCACGGCAGAAUCUGCAGAGUUUCCCAGAACCACUGAUUAUUCCCGUUUUAUACUUGACCAACCUUACCCAUCGUUCCCGCUUACAUGAAAUCUGUGAUGAUAUCUAUGCAUAUGUUAAGGACCGAUAUUUUGUUGAAGAAACUGUGGAAGUCAUUAGGAACAAUGGUACAAGGCUGCAAUGUAGAAUCCUGGAAGUCCUCCCUCCGUUACAUCAAAAUGGUUUUGCUAAUGGACACAUGGGCAGCGUUGAUGGAGAGACUAUUGUCAUCAGUGACAGUGAUGAUUCAGAAACACAAGGCAGCUCUUUUCAGCAUGGGAAGAAAAAAGAUGCAGUUGAUCCCUUACUAUUCAGGUACAAGGUGCAGCCCACUAAAAAGGAAAUGUAUGAGUCUGCUGUCGUGAAAGCAACACAGAUCAGCCGGAGAAAACACCUAUUUUCUCGAGAUAAACUAAAGCUUUUUCUGAAACAACACUGUGAACCACAAGAUGGAGUCAUUAAAAUUAAGGCGUCAUCUCUUUCAACAUACAACAUAGCAGAACAAGAUUUUUCUUACUUCUUCCCCGAUGAUCCACCGACAUUUAUCUUCAGUCCUGCUAACAGACGGAGAGGAAGACCUCCCAAACGAAUAUCUCUUGGUCAGGAAAACAGCAUUGCUAGUAAACAGACUAUUGUAGGGUGUCGGAGCAAAGCCACCAAAGACAGAGACAAGCUUUGGAAACAAGAAGAAAUGAAGGCACUAGCUUUUGAAAAGGCUAAACUAAAGCGAGAAAAAGCUGAUGCUUUGGAAGCAAGAAAAAAAGAAAAGGAAGAUAAAGAGAAAAAGAGGGAAGAAUUGAAGAAAAUUGUAGAAGAAGAGCGACUGAAGAAAAAAGAAGAGAAAGAGAGACUUAAAAUAGAAAGAGAAAAGGAAAGAGAGAAAUUACGUGAAGAAAAGCGAAAAUAUAUGGAAUACUUAAAGCAGUGGAGUAAACCCAGAGAAGAUAUGGAAUGUGAUGACCUUAAGGAACUUCCAGAGCCAACUCCAGUGAAGACCAGGCUCCCUCCCGAGAUCUUUGGUGACGCCUUGAUGGUUUUGGAGUUCCUUAAUGCAUUUGGGGAACUCUUCGAUCUCCAAGAUGAGUUUCCAGAGGGAGUAACCCUAGAAGUGUUAGAGGAAGCUCUUGUAGGAAAUGACAGUGAAGGCCCACUGUGUGAAUUGCUUUUUUUCUUCCUGACUGCAAUCUUCCAGGCCAUGGCUGAAGAAGAGGAGGAAGUAGCCAAAGAGCAGGUCACUGGUGCCGACACCAAAGAUUUAUCAGAGGCUUUGGAUGAAGAUGCAGACCCCACAAAAUCUGCACUGUCUGCAGUUACGUCUGUGGCCGCUGCAUGGCCACAGUUACACCAGGGCUGCAGUUUGAAAAGCUUGGAUCUUGAUAGCUGCACUCUUUCUGAAAUCCUCAGACUGCACAUCUUAGCUUCAGGCGCUGAUGUGACAUCAGCAAAUGCAAAGUACCGAUAUCAGAAACGAGGAGGAUUUGAUGCUACAGAUGAUGCCUGCAUGGAGCUUCGAUUGAGCAAUCCCAGUCUGGUGAAAAAACUGUCCAGCACUUCUGUGUAUGAUUUGACACCAGGAGAAAAAAUGAAGAUUCUCCACGCUCUCUGUGGGAAGCUCCUGACCCUGGUCUCUACUAGGGAUUUCAUUGAAGAUUACGUCGACGUAUUACGGCAGGCCAAGCAGGAGUUCCGAGAGCUCAAGGCGGAACAACAUCGCAAAGAGCGAGAGGCCGCGGCUGCUCGAAUCCGUAGACGGAAGGAAGAAAAACUGAAGGAACAAGAACAGAAAAUGAAAGAGAAACAAGAAAGGCUGAAGGAGGGGGAGCAGCGGAGGCCAGCUGCAGACCUCGGGGAGGAAGGACGGGAAGAUUUUGACACUAGUACUGAGAGCAAAGAAACAGAGCGGAAAGACCUGGACCCUGAUGUGGUUACUGAGGAUGAGGAAGACCCCGGGUCCCAGAAAAGGAGCAGAAGAGGGAAAGCAGGACACAAUGGAGUUAAGCAGUGUGUGAAGCAGGAAGAGAUGAGCUGCUGUAUAAAGCAGGAGCCCCUCCCUGCUGAUGCGGAGGCAGCCGUGAGGCAGGAGCACCAGCAGAAAGAGAAGGAACUCCUCGACAAGAUCCAGAGCGCCAUCGCCUGUACCAAUAUCUUCCCUUUGGGGCGAGACCGCAUGUACAGGCGGUACUGGAUUUUCCCCUCUAUCCCUGGCUUGUUUAUAGAAGAAGACUUCUCAGGUCUCACGGAAGACAUGCUAUUGCCUAGACCUUCAUCAUUUCAUAAUAAUAGCGCACAGUCUCAUGAUCCUCAGGUGUCUGUUAAAACUGAAGAGUCCUUCAUGUCUGAAUCUACCUCCAGCCUUGACCAAGGUCCAUUCGACGAUUCUGUACUGCUGCCAAAACCAGUGCGUAAGCCAAAUCGGUGGUGCUUUUACAGCUCUCGGGAGCAGCUAGACCAGCUUAUUGACGCUCUCAACUCCAGAGGGCACAGAGAAAGUGCCCUAAAGGACACCCUGCUGCAGGAGAAGAGCAGGAUUUGUGCGCAGCUGGCCCACUUUUCUGAAGAGAAAUUCCACUUUUCAGACAAACCUCAAGCUGAUAGCAAGCCUAUUUCUUCUCGGGGGCGAUCUUCCAAUGCAUGGGACACAUCACAGAUGUCUGCAGAGAGGCAGCUGGAGCUGCGGCUCAGAGACUUUCUCUUGGAUAUUGAAGACAGAAUCUAUCAAGGGACAUUAGGAGCAAUCAAGGUUACAGAUCGACAUGUCUGGAGAUCCGCCUUAGAAAAUGGACGAUAUGAGCUGUUAAGUGAGGAAAACAAAGAAAAUGGAGUAAUUAAAACUAUGAAUGAAGAUGUAGAGGAGAUAGAAAUUGAACAAGCAAGGGUCAUAGUGAGAGACAGACUUUGGGGGAUUAAAACAGAAACUCCAAGUACCAUCUCAACUAAUAGCAGUACACCACAGUCGGUGAGCAAUGUGGUUCAUUAUCUGGCCAUGGCCCUCUUCCAGAUAGAACAGGGCAUUGAGCGGCGUUUCCUCAAAGCUCCGCUUGAUGGCAGUGACAGCGGACGCUCUUAUAAGACUGUCCUGGACCGUUGGAGAGAGUCUCUCCUUUCCUCCGCUAGCCUAUCCCAAGUCUUCCUUCAUUUGUCAACCUUGGAUCGAAGUGUGAUGUGGUCGAAAUCUAUACUGAAUGCACGUUGCAAGAUCUGCCGGAAAAAGGGAGACGCUGAAAACAUGGUGCUCUGUGAUGGCUGUGACCGAGGGCACCACACCUACUGCGUCCGACCAAAGCUUAAGACCGUUCCUGAAGGAGAUUGGUUUUGUCCAGAAUGUCGGCCAAAGCAGCGUUCCAGGAGACUUUCCUCUAGGCAGAGACCAUCCUUGGAAAGUGACGAAGAGAUGGAAGAGAGUAUGGAAGAGGAGGACGACAUCGAUGAUGAUGAUGAAGAAGAGGGCCAAAGUGAGGAGGAAGAGUAUGAGAUAGAACAAGACGAAGAGGACUCUGAAGAAGAGGAGGAACUCAGCCCACCCAAACGAGGAAGACCACAAGUUAGAUUGCCAAUUAAAACAAGAGGGAGACUUAGCUCUUCUUUCUCAAGCCGCAGCCAGCGACAGGACCCUGGAAGGUACCCUUCAAGGAGUCAGCAGAGCACACCCAAAACCACCGCUUCUUCUAAGACUGCUGCUGGCAGGAACCUGAGGAAGAUCAGAUCUGCUCCUCCUACAGAAACGCGCCCUUCAAGGAGUGCUAGUAGGCCCACUCGCCACAGUCCUGGUGCGCUGCAAGCGGAUGUGUUUGUGGAACUGCUUAGUCCUCGGGGAAAACGCAAAGUACGCAAGAGUGCUGAUAACACGCCCGACCACAGCCCCAGCCUCACUAACUUCAGAGUCAGCACCGCGAGGUCAAGUGGACAGUUGAUACCUUUAAAUGCUGCCUCAGGCCAUUCUCUGCAAGACAGUGACUCUAAGAGAAGAGGCAGGAAGAGACAAUCUACAGAGUCGUCUCCUGUACCACUGAAUCGAAGAAGUUCCGGCCGACAAGGAGGUGUCCACGAAUUGUCUGCCUUUGAACAACUUGUUGUGGAGUUGGUACGCCAUGAUGAUAGCUGGCCCUUUUUGAAACUUGUUUCUAAAAUCCAGGUCCCAGACUACUAUGACAUCAUUAAGAAGCCCAUUGCCUUAAAUAUAAUUCGAGAAAAAGUAAAUAAAUGUGAAUAUAAAUUAGCAUCUGAGUUCAUUGAUGACAUUGAGUUGAUGUUUUCAAACUGCUUUGAGUACAACCCUCGGAACACAAGCGAAGCGAAAGCUGGGACUCGGCUUCAAGCAUUUUUUCAUAGUCAAGCUCAAAAGCUUGGACUCCAUGUCUCCUCCAGUAAUGUGGACCAUGUUAGCAUGUUAGCUGCAAAAAAGUCACGGGUCUAGCUGUGUUCCUUCUACAGGCUGUGUGAGAAGAAAAACGUGAAUCGUUCAUAAAAAUGGAACAUUAAAUCAUGCUCUAAAGCAGAUAUGUGUAUAAAGCAAUAACAACAACUGGUCAACCACAUCCGAGUGUGGUCUGCACUAUAUUCUCAACUUUAAUAUUAAGCACUCAGGAGAAUGUAGGAAAGGUUUCCUUUGCUACAGUUUUUGUUCGUAUCUAUUAAGUUUAAUAGAUGUAUUGGAUAUAGUACUGGUUUACAGAGGUUUUGUACAUUUUGAGAUCAUUCAUGUGUUCAGGUAUCCUGGAAGAUAUUUUUUGAUCUAUGAUUUAUUUUGCCAUUGACCUUUUAGGAUUUAUCCACAGACGAGGCUCCUAGAGCAGUGUAGAGAACGUGUGUGUCUUAAGCCUUGUUUAAUGAGCACACUGUUGUAACACUACACAUGAGUGAACCCAGUUUUCUAUCCCUGACUGCUGUAGCCAGUGCCGACAGAAUUUAUUAACUAGAUAUUUAUUUUAGCAUUCAAAGUCAUUUGUGAAUUUGUUUUGUAUUUAUAAAAUUUAUA